AUGAUGUUAAUGUUACGAAAAAAUAGUGAUGAUGUCUUUUAUCCACCACAACAACGACGUACUUCGUCGAAGAAACGAGCUCAAUCGCACAAGGAGACGAAAAAGCAACGGAAACCAACUGAAAGCCCAACGCCGCCACCAUCACAACCACCACCGCAGCCGCUUUCCGGUGAUGGCGAACGGGAACAGAAACGAAAAAGAUCACCACGGAAGUUAAGCGAAGCCCUAAGGAAUCCUAGAGAAAUGCUUUUGCGAAAGAAGAAAUCCCUGGGAUCCACCUUAUCAUGGGAUCCUGCUCAACCUCCAUCUCCUGCACCCAGUCAUUCAUCUGUCGAUCAACGUAGUCGAAUUCAUUCUGAUGGUUCAGAUAUUCUUAGUGGUGACGAUGCUAACGACAAAGAUGGCCAACCUAAGGUCAACAUCGAAGGACCACGAUUUGAAUUGGAGACCUCCUGUGGGCAUUGUUUGUUGGUGGCCGAAUAUCGGAGUGAGUUACUGAAAAACGAAAUUGAAAGUGCAGUGAAACUGCUAGCCAGACGUCUUGGAUCCACCCCACGGACCCGAAUGCCCUUACAAGGAAUGCCCAACAUUGUCGUCUCAUCGAUAUCAUCCGAUGAAGACGACUAUUUAUCAUCGGAACGUCAGAACAGCAGUGAUCGUACCUCAUCAUUGCAGACUUCUGAGGCCAGACAUCUCUUGGCCAUUUUUCUUUUCCAACUGGAACCUUCGAAUCUGCACCCUGAGGGCACAAAUCCAAUAAUUUCAGUAAAACUGGUACUGGAUCGAUUCUAA